UUAAUGGGCACCACGUCAACGAGCAGAUACGGUCACGUGAACAAGGGGGUCGUGGGACUGUGGCAUUAUGGGAAGUGGGGAUCCCUCUGUGACGAUUACAUGGGUCUCAAUGACGCCCACGUGUUGUGCCGUUCACUUGGCUUCAAACAGGCGAUAAGGACGAUUAAAGACGGAUCUCUUGGGACUUUAAGUGCUUCGUAUCCGAUAUGGAUGGACAAUCUCGCGUGUACGGGGAACGAGCAGGUUCUGGUGCAGUGUGACAAGCCAAGGUGGGGGGACCAUAACUGUGGCCAUUACGAAGACGUCGCCAUUGAGUGCAGUGAAG